AUGCUGUGGACCACAAGCGCCGGGGCAGUGUCUGCAGAAGCCCGGAAAAUGACCUCUCUGAACCAGGCCAGAACAGAAACUUUUCAAGAGGGGGAACAGCGGAACAUGAUCAAUGGAUGUGGGUGGUGGAGAGGGGAUCCAAUUGUUGUGUUCAAGGACAGGCAUGCUGCUUUUGAGGGGAGGUGUUGCAGGAUAGAGCGGCUUGUGGUCCAAUCAGGGCUGUCCAUCGCAAUAGAAAUUUCUGUGACUGGGCGCUAUAAAGCCAAGAUGGCAGCCAGGAACAUGAGAGCUGUGGGGCUGGGCUAUCCUUGCCCCCCCCCUAUGCAGCCCUAUCACUUUACUGCACCCCAGGGAGCCACAACCCAACCUGGCCUGGGUGAGGAUGGGGAUGGGGGUGAGGUGCACCUCCUUCCUGCCUUUCAGCAGUUGAAACCAGUGGAGGAGGGAAGAUUAGCUGUGGGAGAGACCAUCCGACGAAAACACACUUCCCUUACCCUAAUACACCUAAAAGGCGCCUUUGUUGAAAAGGUGGUAUUCAAUUUUCUUGGGGUUAACAUCAAAGAUCUCACUUGGUCCACCAACACUAAAGCAGUAACCAAGAAGGCCCAGAAAAACUACCUGAAACAGAAGCUGCUGGUCUCUCUCGUACCGGUCAAUCAUCAAAGGCAUACUCACACAGCUUGGUAUGCUUCAUGCUCGGCAGAAGACAGGAAGGCACUGCAGAGGGUCAUAACCACAGCCCAAAAGACCAAAGGAUGCCUUUCUCCCCUCCCUGGAAGAGCUGCUGCCUUUCCAGAUCCAGGACAUAAAGGAACAACCCGGCUGAACUUGAAUCCCCAUGGCAGUGACUGGCACGGCAGGCAGCAGCACCACCUGAUCCUGGAGCCAUGGGGCCUCAACGCUGUAAAUCAAGAUGCAUCCGAGAUGCUGAGCUUGUGUCAGCAGAAUUUCCUUGGUGUGCAGAUGACUGCUUUCAUGUCAGAGGUUUCUCAUGGUCUUGCUGCCUCUCAAGCUUUCCAUUCAAAUGCCAUGCAAAGGGGUUCCAACGCAAGAGUCAGCUCCCUCCUCACCUGCUCUGGUGUGAAGGUCUGCAUGCCAUAUAUCUUGUUGAGGGUGUGGGAGAUGAUGGCAGGGGAGAGAGGACCAAUGCGGGCAUCAAUCGAAGAGACACCAAUCGUAGAGACAUCAGAGGAUCCCAAGUAUAAACAACUGCCACGCCACAAUGCUGCCACAGUUCCUUACCACAUGAAUAAAGGGACACCCCGGGCACUCUUCAAGAGUGGGUGUGGUUACAACACGCAAACCUCAGGGCCUUUUGACAUUACACUGCUUAACCAUGAGCACCAAGUGUUGAAAAAUCCUACAGGAGGAAACACUUUCAGUUUCAACAGGCCGAAGAUCCACAUCGGAACCAAGCAGCAGGGAGCAGGGGAAAGGCUGAGAGGGGAAAAGACAAAGCCCAAGCAGGGUGCCAUGCCAGGACCAUCACUGGGCCCCAUAGCUAGCGAUACUGCCCCGGUUUUGACCCUGACAACAGUCCCCUCUGUGCUGCUUAACCCCCGGCUUGCCUGCUUACUAUCGAAAGACGGCGUAGCGGUCCGACACCACUUUGGAAGCCGGAUCUUGGCCAUAGACACACACACCAAGUAUAAGGAUGAGGAAGAGGAUCGUGUCCACUUGCGGCAUUUCUGCGCCUAA